AUGCAGCCCUCAGCCUGUGAAAUUGGAUGUAUUCAGGUUCUGAAGAUGGGCACGGUAAAGAUUUGGGAUUUGAGGGCUCUGGGUUGUCAGAGGGAAUAUGAAAGUCGGGCAGCUGUUAAUACUGUUGCUUUGUACCCAAAUCAGACCAAACUGAUAUCUGGUGACCAAAAUGACAAUAUUCGAGUAUGGGACUUGAUGGCAAAUUCAUGCAGUUGUGAGUUGGUGCCAGAGGUGGAUACAGCUGUAAGGUCUGUAAGGUCUUUGACAGUAAUGUGGGAUGGAAGCAUGAUUGUGGCUGCAAACAACCGUGGAACAUGCUAUGUUUGGCGCCUGUUGCGAGGAACACAAACUAUGACCAAUUUUGAGCCAUUUCAUAAGCUGCAAGCUCAUGAUGGAUAUAUUCUUAAGUGUCUCCUGUUACCUGAGUUCUGUGAGCCCCAUAGGUACCUAGCCACUGCAUCUGCAGACCAUACUGUGAAAAUAUCGAAUGUAGAUGGCUUCACCUUGGAGAAAACUUUAGUAGGACAUCAACGCUGGGUUUGGGAUUGUGUCUUUUCUGUAGAUGGUGCUUAUCUUAUCACAGCUUCUUCUGAUACAACGGCAAGGCUUUGGUCUAUGUCUACAGGCGAAGAUAUUAGAGUGUAUCAAGGGCAUCAUAAAGCCACAGUUUGCUGUGCUCUUGAUGAUGGGGCGGAACCCUCCUCAUCCUGA